AUGCAUUCUGUUGCGGUUAAUUUGACUUCUCUCCAUCAUCACCGUCUUUGUCAUUUACAGGUAUAAUACAGAUCCAAUUUUUCGCUUUUAAAAAAUGUUUUGAUGACUUAAGAGUAUAAAUUUAUAUAAUUUCUUUAAUUUUUUUCUUCUAGGAAGGCUUCGCGGUCCGACAAGGUCAUCUUGCACCUCCAAGUCUAACUCCUGACAGUCCACGACCCAAAAAUGCCCCAGGUAAUAAUGAUAUUCCGUUUUCUUAAUUACGUAUUUUAGAAACGAAUCCAGUAGCCAGCCUUCUGAUUCCGACAGACAAAACGAAAGACGGACAGAGGAAAUGA